AAGGCCUAGGGUUAGGGCUGCUGGACUGGGGGGAGCUCCGAUGGGCAAGCAUGGCUUCUUCCGGCUGCUGGGCGGCACCAUGAUCAAGGUGAAGACACUCACAGGCAAGGAAAUCGAGAUCGACAUCGAGCCCAAUGACACGAUCGAGCGCAUCAAGGAGCGCGUCGAGGAGAAGGAAGGGAUUCCUCCCGUCCAGCAGAGGCUGAUCUUUGCCGGGAAGCAGAUGAACGACGACAAAACCGCGCGCGAUUACAACAUCGAGGGCGGAUCCGUGCUCCAUCUCGUUCUCGCGCUCCGCGGCGGCGCCGGGGGAUUCCAAUGAAGAUCAAGCUUGGGCUUUUUGUACAGGGCAGUACAAAUGCGUGGAGUGUUCUCCUUAAUAGUCGAACUAUUUUUUGGUUUUC